AUGAAACUCGAAUUCACCACCCUCGACGUAUUCUCUAGCACUCGCUACGCCGGGAACCCGGUAGCGAUCAUCUCGGUCCCCGCAUCCGCCAAAGCCAGCCUCACGCAAACGCAAAAGCAACGCAUAGCCUCAGAAUUCAACCUCUCGGAAAUCGUCUUCCUACACCUGCCCACUUCUUCCGAUUCCCAGGAACGGCAUAUCGACAUCUUCACUUCCCACGCCGAGGUGCCGUUCGCAGGCCACCCCACUAUCGGCACCUCGCACUACCUGCUGCACACCACCAAGCAGGACGUAACCGCAUUGAUCACCAAAGCAGGUCGGAUAGGAAUAGAACUCGAUCCUGAGACGCAGAAUGUGAAAGCGGAGAUCCCGCAUGAUUUCCAUAGACAUGUCGUCACGUGGACGACCCCCCUUAACGACCUCGCGAAUCCGACAUGCAGUAUCGUGAACGGGAUGUCGUUUAUCAUGGUCCAACUCCCCACCCUCGCAGCCCUCGCGCUCGCAAAGAGCAAUCUCGCAGGCUACACUUACGACACGACGCCCCUAGAUGCGGGCUGGCAGAAUGGCCUCAUCGCCACCAUGUACUUCGUAUCGCAGGGCACUGAUGCGCUCGGUCGUAGGAAGUACCGGACGCGUAUGUUUGGCACGCGAGAGGAUCCCGGGACGGGCAGCGCGAGUAGUGCGUUGGGGUGUUUGCUGACGGCUGGUGGGGGGAAGGAGAGGUUUGUGUUUGAGCAGGGCGUGGAGAUGGGGAGAAGGAAUGUUAUUGAGGUUGAGGUUGUGAGGGGGGGAGAGGGGGGUCAGGAGGGUUGUGCUUGGUGGGGCUGCCGUGGAGGUUAUGCAGGGGAACUUGGAGGUUUGAAUGGGAGUUAUGGGAGAAAAGAAUAG